AUGCCCACCAGGUGGCUAUCUGUCGGUCAUAGGAACCCUUCUCAACACAACAAUCCAAGUCCGCAGUCGAGAGCAAAACAGAAAGGAUUUGAUUUUGCUUUUUCGGACCCGACAUCUACCAUCCCCAGCGCGACGGGCAAGACCUUCAUUUCUCCCAGAUCAGUCAACCUACGCCCUACCACAUCUGGAGGUCAUACUGGAAAGAGGAAGCCACCUGUUAACGGCCCCUUGGACAGACCACAGACAUCGGACAACCAUAGAGCUUCGCCCUUGAAGAACAAAAAUGUCGCCUUGAACUCCGACCACAAUUUGAUCGGUGUCGCUUUCGGGAGUCCGAGUCAUCCCCCCGCAUCUUUUGGCAUCCCACCAGCAGAGCACAUCGAUCUGGAGGAAGACCCGGGCUUGCGACAUUGCGCGCUUUUCACAGAAAGGUCAUUCCAAAUGAACUCAAAGAAAUGGCAGAAGAAGCUAGGGACGCUAUUCAAGGCCCGCCAGAUUGCCAUCAAGCGAGAAGAUGUGCCAUCGGGUCCAACGGUGGGAUUACCGACUGGAUUGGUAGUCAUGGACAAGAGCCCGACGAGUCUGAAUGAUGCAUUUGCAGAGCACAGACUACAGCCACUUUCUCAAGCUGAACCUCCACAGCGCGAGCCUCCUCGACCCCCAAAGGACAAAAUCCCCGUCGGAAAGCUUGGACAAAGGCCCGAACAGGAUCUCGUUUCAAGACCAUCAACUGCCACUGAUGCUAGCACCUGGAGUGAGCUCUAUACGAGGCCGCCUGUACCGAAGCUGGAGCUGGAAAUACCUACUCAACCUCUGGACCGGUUCAGUGUCAUGUUCCAAAAUCUACCCGCCGCCAGACGUUCCUCCUCCCUUCUGGCCAGGCGGAGCAAAACGUUAGACAGUCUGAGGUCGUUCGAUAAUAGUCGACCAAACACCAGUCAUGGAGAAGAUAUGGUGGCGAAAACAACCCCAGAGAACCUUACACCACUGAGGCCACCGAAACUGAUGAGUAUGGCAACCCCAACUCGUUCACCAGCUGCAAGCAAAUAUUCCCUUUUCCCUUCACCGGCUGCUGUCAAACCGAUUGGACGGUCACCUGUUUCAGAAAGACCGAGCUAUCAGCUGAAGCGAACAGCAAGUUCACCGGCCGCAUUGUCCCCUAUGCAGAAUUACUUUUCCUUUGCAAGACCUGAACCUCUCAAUCCCACACGGUUGGAACCAUCGGAGCAGAUUUUCAACAGUCCAGAGGAGCAUACUGCGUCCACCGAUAGACGCUCUCCUUGGAGCGCUGCCCAUUCCUUGCGGUCGUCUGUCUCAUCUGCCACCACGGCAGACGACAUAUUCUUUUUCGAUAUCAAGUCAUUCCGAGACUCCAAAGGGGUAGAAGAUGGCCAGUUCGUCAUGACCCGGCCAGACUCAGCGGCAGUAGAACUAGUCCGUACAAAAUCCAAAAAGGCUGCUACGUCUAGUCGCCUACGAGAAGUCGAAACUCCUCAAUCGGAUAAAGGUGAGCAGUCACCGACAAUUACAGCCGCUGUCAACACCCCAGACGGUGCAUCUACCACCAGGCAUAUUUCGGUGGCACCCACCACAACGACCAGUUCGACCACCAAACACACCUCCGUCAAUACGGCCUACUUUGAUGAAGCGAUCGCCGCAGUUGAAAGGCUCACAUCGCCCACCACAAUGAGCGAAGAAUCAAUCCCUCCAUUCCCCUUCGUCAUCCCUACCUUGGCGAUCGCGGAUCAUGCCACCGACCAAACAUCUCAGCCAGCCGCUUCACAACACCUCCAAUCUCGUUCACGCCGUAGAUCGCGCGAAGAUAUCACCUACCUGAUACCUUCUCCUGUACCCGAAGUCAAAGAAGACCUAUCGCCCAAAUCAGACACAACCAUUACGACCUCUCACCCACCACCACUGAUCCUCCCUCACGUCUCUGCCAUCAGACUCGUCGAUCGCCCCAUCGGCGAUUCGCCAACCCUCCCACAGGGGGCUCUCACUCUGCGUCAUCAAGCCUCGACAGCUCCAGACACUGACGUCGACGACAAACCUCCUCCAGUUCCAAAAAAGGACGCCAAAUUCAUCCCACUGUCCAGAUACGCAGCCAGAAAUACAGUCACCAAAAUCGAACAGACAGGCAUAAUCCCUACGCGACCCACGCGCUCAAACACCGACACCAACGUCAGACCUCCAAUACGUUCACCAUCAAUGCGCGUCGCCCUCUCGAAAGAACGCUCCGCAACCCUGCCCUCCUCCUCGUCCCUCCAAGGCCUGGAGAAGACCGUGCCACCGCCCAGCAACAGUCCGUCCCAACAAGGCCCAGGAUCGGGCCCUGGCCAUUCGGUAUCAAAUUCCGUCGCCGAAGUCGCCGUCGCCCGCACGGUAUCGGUGAUCCGCAAACCAGUCGCAACUGCCCGCGUCGUUGUCCCGACACGCCGGACAGAAGGCACGGAGGGAAGCGACAAUGUAGAUGAAGACAACAGAUUCAUCGUCGGCAGCGGCAUGGGUGGCCGACGGCAUCGACACCAACGCAGCACGUCAAAAUCCCAGUCUAAAGACAAAAUCAAAGUCAAAGUGACAAAGCGCGAGCAGCCCGACCGAAACUCGACGUAUCAAAAGAUGGCCAAGGAGGCGCGAAAGUGGGAGAUCCUGGAGAAGAAGGCUUAUUCGCCUGUCGUGGUACAGGCGAGAAGUGGGCACAAGCCAGGGUUGAGUGUUGGAUUGGUCGUGGAGAGUGUAUGA